AUGCUGAAAAGCUUAGAAAAGAGUUCUUGUAUUAUGGAGAAUAAAAUUGAACAGUUCAUUCAAGAUAGCAAUUCUUCUGUGCCGACUGCAGAGGAAUUUUUAAAUUACCUGUCUUUCAGUGAUUCAGAAAUCAUUGAUGUUGAGCAUGCAACUGUUGAUCAGUGGGAAAGUGAAGAUUGGUUUCUGCACAAGGUUGGCUUUAUAUCAGCUUCCAAGUGCAAAACUGUUUUCACACGACAGACGACUCUUAAUAAAGGGAACAGUCAAGAAACCACUGCUUUGGCCAAAUCAAUUGUUUCAAAGCCAUCUUACAACAUGUCAAGUAAAAAAACACAUGAACCUGAUAAUCCUAGGGACUGGGGGUUGGUAAAGGAAGAAGCUAGAAAAUAUUACAUGUAUUUUGCAGGAAGACAACAUCACAAGAUCCACCUUGAACGCAAGGGUUUUCAAAUAUCCAAAAAGAAGCCUUUUUUGGGAGCUAGUGUUGAUAACAUCAGAAGCUGCAAAUGCUCAACUGACUGUGGAAUUACUGUUGUAGAGUACAAAUGCCCCUGGGUACACAGGAACAGUGAUCCAAAAGAAGCAUUUUUAUCAAAAGAAAUUGGUGGAAUUUUUACUGGAGAUUCAUACCAUCUACAGAAUAAGUCAAAAUACUAUUAUCAAGUACAGAUGCAACUUUUUGUUGUUUGUGCCAAGUUUUGUGACUUUGUUGUCUGGACAACGAAAGGCAUUCAUAUCAUAUCCAUUCCAUUUGAAUCAUCAUUCAUGAGUUCAGUUUGCAUUAAUCUUGAGAAGUUCUGGGUGACUCAAGUUGUUCCAUUAUUAUUGGCAAAUCAACUGGAUGUGCCAUGUACAGGUAAUGUGCAUUCUAGUAUGAUUUAAUAGAUUCACCAUACAAAUAAGCAGUAAAUAGCAAACAUUGGCAUAAUUCACAUUUAAAUUAUAAAAUUAAUGUUUUUUUCUUAAAAGAUAAUAUCAAGAACAUUUCAUGUGAUGAAACUGCAAGCAAUGACAUGGCAACAAGCAACGACAUGGGAGCAACUAGUAAACGGACAGAUGUGAAUGAAAUGGAUAUGUCACCAACCAUCAAAACACAUUCAGAAGGUAGCUACUGCAUGCACAAUAUUAUAAGUACAGUAUGGUAAAGGGGCCCAUAUAUAGUACUCCACAAAUUUAUUUACAAAUUUUUAUCUCUUCUAGAAAAACCAAUUCACAUAGAUAUUGACUCACAUACAUCCAAACAAGAGUCGGCAACUAGCUUUUUGGUCUAUGGAGUAGACUUACACAUGGACGAUAUAAGUACACUUGAGCAGAAGGUGAUGAUGAAUGACAGCAUAGUAAAAGUGUUGUUAGAGUAAGUUUUAACUGCAAGUUUUUAAAUUAUAUAUAUAUAUAUAUACAAUUGUAGUCAUCCAGGGGUCCCCAUCAGUGCUGUCAAUCAAUGGAUUAAUCCAUGAAGCAUUUUAACUCAUUUUAGGGAGCUAAAUUGCCAAUUUCCAGUUAUUGAGCCCCUCUUUUAUUCUAUAUUGUGUGGUGGACAAGAUGGAUUCAAUACAACUUCAAAUAGGUAUAUUUAAAGUAGAGAAGUUACUCAUAUAUUCUACUGUAAAUGUGUGAAUAAACUAUUCUGUUGCUUAUAACUAUUUAUGUGGCAAUGGCUGUUUUCUUUGCAGAAUUGAAAGAUAUAAUGCAGCAGAAAAAGUAUUUAAAGCAGACCACUUCUUGAAAGAUUAUGUUAUUAUACCAAUUAUAAGGAAGUAA